AUGAAGACUUGCGAUUCCGAGAGGAAAUUUGUUCUGGGAACGCUUCCAGGACUCCCCUCAUGCGACUUGCAUGACUCGGCAGCGUCGCUCUUUUUUCUCGACGAGUUCGUUCGUUCGUUCCCUCUCUUCUGGUUUUUCCUGUCGCUCCUUUGCCUCUAUACCUGGUUGUCGCUGGUCUCUUUUCUGACUCAGUCCUUGGACGAGGACGGCCUCGACGUCAACGCCAUGACGGUCAAGCGCUCCUUCAUCUCCAAGGAUAGGGUUGAGAAGUCGAUCAGAUCGGCCAAGAAGGCUUUCGGUGGGCACGGACACGUGAGAGCGAAGAAGAUGCAGGAGAGGAUGGAUAGUCCGCCCACGGACAGUCCCCUCUUGAGCCCUAUAGUCAGUUUGAUUGUAGGACCGGACCAGCGUCUCUUCGUGGCCCACGAAGAUGUCUUGUGUCGUUCACCUUUCUUCGCGGCCAUGCUCCGGGACCAUUAUGUAGAGAACGCCAUGAACAUGGCAAUCGCCUUACCAGAAGAAGAGCCUGAAAUCUUGUCCUGCGUUCUCGAAUUCCUCUACAAGGGUGACUACUUACCCCGUCUGUUCCGCAGCAAAGACACCAACACCUGGGACCUCAAGAACGCCCACCCAGAUUCUGGAUCCAGCGAAGCCACCAUCUUCCUGUCCGGCCUCCCCGGCCUUGUGCUCCGCGACACGGCAGUAUACUGCGCCGCGGAGAAGUACGGUCUGGAGGGCCUAAAGCGACUCGCUCUGCGCAAGCAGGGCCUCCAGAGCGGGAUCCCGAUCGACGUGAUCCUGCGGUCUGCGCGGUACGCCUACGACAACACAACGGACGAGGAGUAUCGGCUUCGCGCGCACUAUCUGGCCAUGAUCAUUCGCACGAGACAUAUUUUCAAGAGUAGCGGUACUAUGCAGGUGGAGAUGGAAUUAGGGCAUCCGUUCUUUUUUGAUCUGUUUGUGGCUAUGUGUAAUCAUAUGGAUGAUCUUGAGAUGAACAACUCGUCUCCCAAGAUGACCUAG